GACCACCAGGACAGAAUGGUGCUGGACUCAGGGGCUCAGGUGUAUGAGCAGGCACCCCCCAGCCCGCCAUCCAGUCCCUCAUCCUUGGGCCAUAGGCUGAGGCCCUCAGACCGAGAUGGGACAGCACUGUACCCCUGGCCUCGGUCCCUGGCCUUGCCCCUGGCUCUCUCAGUCCCCUCAGCCCUGCGGCCCCGGCCUGAGCUGCAGCCCUUCUCAGAGCUGCACUUGGGCCACUGUGGCCACAUGCGUCGCAGUGAGAGCACCUACACCGUAAACAGUAUUGGCCGGCGGGGGGGCAGCACCCAGGGUCGGGCGCCACCUGGACGGGGACGGGACCCAGGUGGGGGCACCCUGCGGCCUGCGGCCUCCCUGCCUCACAUUGCUAAGACUCGAAAGGAUGCAGGCCGUGGUGCCAGCAAGAGCCCCUGCAUGUUGGUGGCUCUGCGGCCAACCAACAUGGACCGUGAGCGGGACAAGUUCUUCCAGUCCCAUUACACCUACAACCCACAGUUCGAGUACCAGGAGCCCAUGCCUACGGCUGUGCUGGAGAAGUACUGUGAGGCCUCUGGACAGUUCCUCCAUCAGGCAGUUGGCAUCAUUGAGGCUGUCCUGGAGAAGUUUGGUACCUAUGAACACUUUGAGGCUGUGACUGGGGGCCAGCUGCUGACCAAGUGCCAGAUCUGGUCCAUUGUGCGCAAAUACAUGCAGAAGGAGGGCUGCGCUGGGGAGGUUGUGGUGCAGCUGAGUGAGGACCUGCUGUCCCAGGCAGUGAUGAUGGUGGAGAACAGCCGACCAACAUUGGCCAUCAACCUGACUGGAGCCCGCCAGUAUUGGUUGGAGGGCAUGCUGCGGCACGAGAUAGGUACCCACUACCUGCGGGGCGUGAACAACGCGCGGCAGCCAUGGCACAGCGCCGAGGGCCGGCUGCAGUAUGGGCUGCGGCCAGCGAACCCCACCGAGGAGGGCCUGGCCAGCCUGCACAGUGUGCUGUUCCGCAAGCAGCCCUUCCUAUGGCGCGCCGCGUUGCUCUACUACACCAUCCACCGCGCCGCGCACAUGUCCUUCCGCCAGCUGUUCCAGGACCUGGCGCGCUACGUGCAGGACGCCGACGUGCGCUGGGAGUACUGCGUGCGCGCCAAGCGCGGCCAGACUGACACCUCGCUGCCCGGCUGCUUCAGCAAGGAUCAGGUGUACCUGGAUGGCAUCGUGCGCAUUCUGCGGCAUCGCCAGACCAUCGAUUUCCCGCUGCUGACCUCGCUGGGCAAGGUGUCCUAUGAGGAUGUAGAUCACCUUCGGCCCCAUGGGGUGCUGGACAACACCCGGGUGCCCCACUUCAUGCAGGACUUAGCACGCUACCGGCAGCAGCUGGAGCACAUCAUGACCACCAACCGGCUGGAUGAGGCAGAGCUGGGCCGCCUGCUGCCUGAUGACUGA